AUAGUCCAAAUGUUUUCCCGAUGUAAUUUGGCACUAGGUGAGCCAUGAGAAACUCAACACCAGAGAGUCGCAUCGUUCAGGGCCAGAACAGGGGGUUGGAAGUUGUACAUUGUUGUUAGAUGGUAAAUUCUGUAGCUACUGGAUGGUUUACAGUAAUCUAGGUGUGUAGCGUGCUUACGUAUGCGUCGGUAAUUUUCUGUCCCUCUAAAGUCAACCGUGCGUAAAAGUCCAUGGAGAGGACUGGAAGUUCGACAGCUACAGUAGCCCGGACAAUGUUUAAAAUAAAAUGUAGUUUCAAGGUAUACGGUGAAUUCUGUUGACCUACGUGAGUACUAAGGGGAAUCUUCAGUCCCCUUUUUCUACUUAAAACUACCAAGACGCGGGUAUUGGAACAAUCAACAUGUUCACGCGUGGAUCUAAAAAGCGACGGUCGAAUCGCUCGGAGGAAGAGGACCCAGACCGAGGGCAGCCGUGCAUGCGCUGUGGAGACCAGUGUCCAGGCUUCCGCAUGCAUGGAUGGAGGAAGAUCUGUGUGCAUUGUAAGUGUGUGCGUGAGGAGCAUGCUGUGCGUCCCGUGCCUGGUCAGCUGGAGAGGAUGAUGAUGAAGCUGGUGUCUGACUUCCAGAGACACUCCAUCUCCGACGACGACUCUGGCUGUGCUUCCGAGGAGUACGCCUGGGUCCCCCCGGGCCUCAAACCUGAGCAGGUGUAUCAGUACUUCAGCUGCAUUCCAGAGGACAGGGUGCCCUAUGUGAACAGUCCAGGGGAGAGGUACCGCAUCAAACAGCUACUCCACCAGCUGCCAGCCCAUGACAGUGAGCCCCAGUACUGUAACUCCCUGCUGGAGGAGGAGAAGAAGGAGCUGCGUCUGUUCAGCCAGCAGAGGAAGAGAGAGAACCUGGGCCGGGGCAUCGUCAGGCUCUUCCCUGUCACCAUGACCGGGGCCAUCUGUCAGCAGUGUGGCAAGCAGAUCUGUGGCGGGGACAUAGCGGUGUUUGCCAGUCGGGCGGGGCACGGGACCUGCUGGCACCCUCAGUGUUUCCAGUGUGCCUCCUGCAGCGAACUGCUGGUUGACCUCAUCUACUUUUACCAGGACGGGCAAAUCUACUGUGGCCGGCACCACGCCGAGAGGCUCAAACCCCGAUGCCAGGCCUGUGACGAGAUCAUACUAGCAGAUGAAUGUACAGAAGCAGAGGGCAGACACUGGCACAUGAAGCACUUCUGCUGUUUCGAGUGUGAGGCGGCACUGGGCGGCCAGCGCUACAUCAUGAGAGAGAGCCGGCCCUACUGCUGCUCCUGCUACGAGUCUCUCUACGCAGAGUACUGCGACACGUGUGGGGACCACAUUGGUAUAGACCAAGGUCAGAUGACCUACGAGGGCCAACAUUGGCACGCUGCUGAGUCGUGUUUCUGCUGUGCCCGCUGUGGGCUCCCCCUGCUGGGCCGACCCUUCCUCCCUCGGGGGGGCCUCAUCUUCUGCUCCCGGCCCUGCUCCCUGGGGGAGGACCCUGAUAACUCCGACUCCUGCGACUCGGCCCUGCAGAGCCGGUCUCUGCAGCACCGGCGCUGUGAAACGGCAGACAAGAUCCAGCAGCCACUGCGCAGCUCCCCUCAGCAGCCACCAGAGGGCGCCAUCAUCCCCUCAGUCUCUGGGAAAGAUUGCAGACAUACUGCUAGGGAAAGCCGAGGAGUCCACUGCUCUACUCAGCUCCCAAAUGGAGUUCCCCCACUCAAUGGGCAUCCUAACCCCACUGGUUCCUACUCUCCCUUGCCCCACUGUCACUCAGCCAAUGGCUGGGGGCCGCCGUGGCCUGGCGACCAAUCACAUAGCAGCUUGCACCUUGGGAUCACACAACCAGUCAGCAGUCUGGAGUUUCUGGAAGAGCUGGAUGGUUACACUGGCCUCUUGUCCAACAGUCUGACCUCCAGAGGGACGUCUACAGCUAAGGACUGCAGGAACUGGGUGGAGAGGAACGGCCAGUUCAUGAAAGAGCUCCCUCUUCAGAGAAACAGCCUGUCUGCCCAGGAAAGCCCUGCCGACCAGCCCCCUGUCUCACCCACUCUCCCACCCCCUCUCCCCAUCAAGUCACGCGAGACAACCCCUGGUGCCCCACCAAGUCUUCCCCAUACAGAGCCCAGCCUCCCUGAGCCCCAAUCAGGGCGCAGCGGCACUGCCAGGGUUAGCUUUCGGGAGCCAAUCAGUUGCAGCUACUCUGUGGAUGAGGAGGAAGAAGAGGAGCAUGAGGAAGAACAAGUAAAUGGAGAGGAGGAGCGAGGAGAGGAGGCGGAGGAUAUGGAGGGGGGUUUUGGGCACAAGCUCCGCCUCCAGAAGGGAAUUCCCCCUCAGUUGGACCUCCUAGAUGGGUCAUACCACCAUCGUAGUUUGCGGCGUGGGUUGAAUCGUGGGCGCAUGUCCUCGGACUCCCCCCUCCACCUGGGCACCGAGAAACGUUUCCGCCACUCUCGGCGUGACCGACCCCGACUGGACACGCUGGACUGGAAGGGGGAGAGGGGCUCCAUGGCCUGCACAGACCCGUCCUCCCUCACCCUCCAGCCUGGCCAGUACAAACACGAAGACUCCUGCUCCACCUGCUCCUCUUCGUCCGAAUCAGAGGAGGAGGGCUACUUCCUGGGGCAGCGCAUCCCCCUGCCCCCACAGCUCCGCAGGCCCGCGUCAGAUGACGGAGAUAGGGAGGGGGAAAGGGAAGCAGAGAAGGACUGGGGUCUGAGAAACAGUUUUAGGAGAAGGAGGAGGACCAGCAGCCUCGGAGCAAAGGACAAAGACAAGAACUGUGCUAUCUCCUAGCCCUGCUCCUGCCCUGACCUCCGACCUCUGCCCUGGGCCUGGCUUCACUCCCGUCCCUGGCUAUCUAAAUGGUGGUAGUUAAAGGAUUACUAAGAAAUACAUUUUGGAAAGAUGCCAGUGACUAUGUAGUGAUGAGUUUUUAUACAUUUUCCAACUUUUAUAUUAGUAUACUCUUUGUUGGUUCAGGCACUUUUUUUGCACAGCAUGUACAUACAUCCAAUAAUAGAGCUAGGAAGCCUUCGCUUAAAAGGGUGGUUGUGUCCACACAGUCGAAAAAUACGUCAUAUUCUAAAUGUACUUUUAUUUGUUUGUGUUCACUUUCAUACUCAAAGUGCUAUCUCACUUUAGGUUAAGAAGGAGUUACCAGUGUUAAACUGUCCAUACUAAUUGUGUUUGAACUAUGUGAUGAGACAAACAUCAGUCCAGUGGACAUUCACUGCUGUAUGGGACAGCAGGUGACUUGAUGGGGGCAUUCCUUCUCAGAUUCAGAUAUUUAUGUUGAAAAAUAAUGAUUGGUUAUUACUUAAGCCCAUCGGAUGGAUGGAAUUCUGGGAAAGAUGAAAUGAUAACCAAAACCAAACUGUAUUUCCAUACUGCACAAUUCUAAAGCAUUGGUUUGUGCUGACUCUGAAUGUACGCUGUGUCUUUGUAUACAUAAAUGUUGUAAGAUAUGGUCAGUGGACAAAACACUUCAAAUUCUUAUACUUCUAAGGUGUUUUCUGCUGUAUUUUUUGUAUUCUGGGGUUGUAUUCUUGGUUUAUGUUUAACACUGCAAUCAAACAGCAGUCCCUUUCAGAAAUGGAGCACAGGUCAUUUCUGUACAUUGCUUUAAAUGUAGAGACAAUAAAUUCCGUGAAAAAUC